AUGCCUAGUCUAGUGGUAUCUGGAAUAAUGGAAAGAAAUGGGGGCUUUGGGGAACUGGGAUGUUUCGGGGGAAGCGCCAAGGACCGAGGGCUGCUGGAAGACGAGCGCGCCCUUCAGCUGGCUCUCGACCAACUCUGCCUCCUGGGUUUGGGGGAGCCCCCCGCCCCCACGGCGGGCGAGGACGGGGGAGGUGGGGGGGGCGGCGCCCCUGCCCCGCCGGCCGCUCCCCCGCAGCCGGCCCCGCCGCCGCCGCCCGCGGCGCCCCCGGCCGCCCCGACGGCGGCCCCCGCGGCGCAGACGCCCCAGCCCCCCGCCGCCCCCAAAGGGGCCGGCGACGCCAAGCUCUGCGCCCUCUACAAAGAGGCCGAGCUGCGCCUCAAGGGCAGCAGCAACACCACCGAGUGCGUCCCCGUGCCCACCUCCGAGCACGUGGCCGAGAUCGUGGGCAGGCAAGGCUGCAAGAUCAAGGCCCUGAGGGCCAAGACCAACACCUACAUCAAGACCCCCGUGCGGGGCGAGGAGCCGGUGUUCAUGGUGACCGGGCGGCGGGAGGACGUGGCCACGGCGCGCCGGGAGAUCAUCUCGGCGGCGGAGCACUUCUCCAUGAUCCGGGCCUCGCGCAACAAGUCCGGGGCGGCCUUCGGCGUGGCGCCCGCGCUGCCGGGCCAGGUGACCAUCCGCGUGCGCGUGCCCUACCGCGUGGUGGGGCUGGUGGUGGGGCCCAAGGGCGCCACCAUCAAGCGCAUCCAGCAGCAGACCAACACCUACAUCAUCACGCCGAGCCGCGACCGCGACCCCGUGUUCGAGAUCACGGGCGCCCCGGGCAGCGUGGAGCGCGCGCGCGAGGAGAUCGAGACGCACAUCGCGGUGCGCACCGGCAAGAUCCUCGAGUACAACAGCGACAGCGACUUCCUGGCGGCGGGCAGCCCGCCCGACCCCGCCGCCGCCGCCGCCGCCGCGCUGGACGGCCGCUACGCCGAGGCCUGGCGCGUGCCCCCGGCCGCCUGCAAGCCGCUCUCCGCCUUCCGCCAGAACAGCCUGGGCUGCAUCGGCGACUGCGGCGCCGCCGUGGACUCGGGCUUCGAGGCCCCGCGCCUGGGCGAGCCGGGCGGCGGAGGGGACUUCGGCUACGGCGGCGGCGGCGGCGGGUACCUGUUCCCGGGCUACGGCGGCGGCAGCAAGCAGGACGUGUACUACGGGGUGGCGGCCGAGACCAGCCCCCCGCUGUGGGCAGGCCAGGAGAACGCCACGCCCGCCUCGGUGCUCUUCUCCUCGGCCUCCUCCUCCUCCUCCUCCUCUGCCAAGACGCGCGCCGCCGGGGCCGGUGCGGGUCCCCCCGGGGUGCACCGCUCCCCGGCCGCCUCCGCCUCGGAGCUGGCGGCGGGACUGCCCAGACGCCCGCCCGGGGAGCCGCUGCAGGGCUUCUCCAAACUGGGGGGCGCGGGCCUGCGCAGCCCCGGCGGCGGCGGCGGCGGCGGCGGGCGCGACUGCAUGGUGUGCUUCGAGAGCGAGGUGACCGCCGCGCUCGUGCCCUGCGGACACAACCUGUUCUGCAUGGAGUGCGCCGUGCGCAUCUGCGAGAGGACGGACCCCGAGUGUCCCGUCUGCCACAUCACAGCCACGCAAGCCAUCCGGAUCUUCUCCUAA